GGAAGGAGUAGACGGGGAUUGUGGAGGAGCAUGUGAAAAAUGUCUGAUUACUUUAAUUUAUCGUGCGACGUGAACAGUGGUAAACAGACGCGUUUGUGUUGAACGCAGCGGUGAACAAUAGUACCGGUGUCGGUACGUGAUCAUCGUCGACCCUCACAGCGUAUCACGUGGACGAAACGGGACUGGAUCGGUCGCGGGACGGGUCGGACACGCCGACCGAAAAUAUUUUCGAAAAAUAAAACCAGUGCUCCAGUGUUGUUUUGCUCCUGCGGGACUCAUUGGGACCAGUCUCCACGACACAUUGAAGUAUUUGUAAGGUCGGAGUACACGUAGACAAUUGGACAUUGCAUCAAAGGCCCCGGAGGACCUGGGCAACGAUGGAUGGUGCCAGACAGGAAUGAUAGAAUGCAAGAGGGUAGCACCGCCGUGGCGCUAGCGAUGGUGACUCCUGGCUACGAUCAGGACCCUGCGAGUGGGGUUGCCGAUUACACGACCCAUCAGGAUCAGGCCCAGUUCGAGGCGGACAAGAGGGCAGUCUACAAGCAUCCCCUCUUCCCGCUGCUCGCGUUACUCUUCGAAAGAUGCGAACAAGCCACACAGAGCUCGGACAACUCGACGUCCGAGAGCUUCAACAUGGACAUACAGGCCUUCGUCCAACACCAAGAAAGAGACCGAAAGCCGUUCCUGAUCAAUGACCCCGAAAUUGACGGUUUGAUGAUCAAGGCGAUACAGGUGCUGCGAAUUCACCUACUCGAGUUGGAAAAGGUUCAGGAGCUGUGCAAGGACUUCUGCAACAGGUACAUCACGUGCCUGAAGGGCAAGAUGCAGAGCGAAAAUCUGCUACGCAGCGAUUACAGUCACCAUGGACACGAUAUGGGUCCAUCGAGUGGCAGCAAUGGCAGCAGUCCUUUGCAGGUGCUGUCUUCUACAGGCAAUGAUGUUGAGCCGGGAGCUAACGGAUUCAGAGUGAGCAGAGGCGACACCCUGUCGGAAAACGGUGGCGCGAGUCAAGUUGCCGCGCAAGAGGAAACCGGUAACGACAGGCCGCCAUCGGUGCGAUCAUCUUCCACAGCUCAGCGCUCGAACAGAUCCUCCAGCCAGGAGCAUGACGAUCCUCUGUCACCUUCCACAGUACACGGGAGCACGCCCCUUUCGCAAAUCGGGGCUCAUCCCUGUGCACCGGUCAACGAUAUGUAUCUUGGUCAAGAUAUCACUGUUGCGGGGUCUCCUUCUCCUGCACCCAGUGAAGAUGAAGAUGAAGGAUGUGGCACUGGCACUGUUACUUCAAAUCAUAGUACUAGCCAUGGAGGUAGUCAUAGUAGCAUUAAGAAAGGAAGACAGAAGAGGGGAGUCUUACCUAAGCAGGCUACAAGCAUUAUGCGAACCUGGCUCUUUGAACAUUUAGUUCAUCCUUAUCCAACGGAGGAUGAAAAGCGUCAGAUCGCAAGUCAAACGAACUUAACGUUGUUGCAAGUGAACAAUUGGUUCAUCAAUGCUCGUCGGCGAAUCCUUCAGCCGAUGCUAGACGGUGCCGGGGCGGACCCGGUGCAACGCGCGGGUAAACGUCACAAGGUCUCGAAGCACGUUGUCCAACAGCAACACGUGCAGCAACAACAAGCCGGCGGCUGGCAAUCUGAAGACUCUGGGAGCGAUUCAGGCUCCAGCGACGGUGAGGGGGGUGCCGAUAGAUCGAAAGACGGUAACGAUAGCGACGAAGAUGAUCUUCACUGACCUCUGUCGAUCACUGAAACGUCAACCUCUUUACGAUUCGACAUCGACAUCAUUUUCAAAUUCCGACG